UAAGGCGUGCUUAACUGUACUUAUAUAACGGAAGAGUAGUUACAUUGGCGUUAAUUAGUUACAAGACAUGUGAAUGGACUUAUAAUUUUAAAAAAACACAGGUGUGUAUUAGCGAUCAGGUACCACGCACAGGUGUGAACACGGAUUUGUUUAACGUCGGUAGAUUAACUUGUUGACAUUAUAAGUUCACAUUUUACGACAAGAAUUUUACUUCUAAACCAAAUACGUUGUAAAAAUAUUUGACAUGUGUCCAAUAGCCUGGCCUAGAUGACAGGGGCAAUAUUGUGUAUUGUGAGAAUAUUGACUCGUGUUACUGAGUAGGGAAAGCAAACUUUCCUCUACAGCAGUCCAGAUAAGGUUUGUUACAAACCCUAUCGUUAGCCUAUCGAUUGUUUAGCCUGGUGCUCGUCGUUGCCCGGACGUAAUUGAUGAACCGCUGGGACGGCCCUGAGAGAAGUUGGGAUCUACGUAACGAAGUUGAGAGGCACAUUCGUGAGUCGAGUAGACCUACAGACACGUAUAUAUUAUGUGACAAGUGGGCUGUGCUGGAAUUUACAAGUAGAUAUUUAUCUACACGAACUAGUAUGAUUGAAAGAGUUCUAGUAAUUUUUUUCCAAAGCCGUUAGUUCAAGGAAGUAUUCACCUUUGGAAACCCGCUGAUGGAGUGUAAAUCCAUUUCAAUGAGCGCGCUUAUCGCAUGCCGGGCGAGCUGAUCAUGAAAAGCAAUCGCGUGCUUUGCUAGGUAUUUGCAUUAAGUUGCAUUUUAUUGCUCAAUUCACUGAGGUAUAAACAUUAAAGCUAGACGUCACUGCGUUAUAUAUUGAGUAUCGGAUAUCUCAUCAGUGUUUACAGGACAAAACCCUGUUGACGUGGUUCCAACUGUCAAUAAGCUCAUGACCAUACCGGCUCGAGCCAUUUUAUUUAACGACUAGGCUGUCCUCAACGCUGGCAAUACCACCGCCGAGGAUGGAUUAUGAUUUCUGUGGAUGAUAGCUGAGAAAGUGGUAUUAAAACUGGAUAAAAGUCUGUGAAGGAUUAUUCACUAAGUUUUAAGGAACUCUCUGUAACAUUUACAAUAUGGAUUUGGAAACGCAAGCUCGUGAACGUCGUCUCAGUGACGUAGCGCGCGGGAAACAGUAUCUUCGUCAAAUCGACAGUCUAGCGGAGAAGCACUGGAACAAACUCGAACCUAGGAACAUAAGCACAAGGCAAGUGUCAGUGGGUCCUCUUAAAGAAUAUACAUUCAUUCUAAACGGAUCAUACCAGCAGGGAGAUGACAGUGUUUCAAACAGGGUAAAGUCAAAACGUAGGAUUCAUUCCGAACAAAUCCCGAAAAUAAACGGGAAAUUGUUAACAGAUCGUGUGCAAUCUGAGAGACUGGGCGGACACUAUGGCGUGAAUUCUCUGAGAGGAACGCAUUUGUUUAACCAAUGGGGAUCGAACAUCGAUCCUUUGGCUGAAAAGGUGACUCUUAAAAAAGGUGAUAUACAACAAACAUUUUCGUUUGGCGAUGCAAACCGGAAAGUUCAGAAACCAAGUCCCAAAAAGGGAGUCUUAAUGAGCCGAGUAAGCUCGGACUUCAAGGACCGACAAAUAAAAACAAACACCGACUUCCGGUCAUCGCGGAAUGGGAUGGUGGCAGUCAUACAUCCGGUUGGUCCGUCACCGGACGCGGAAAUCGCGCCAGACGUCAUCGACCAACAGAUGAUAGAACGCGAACAGACAUCAGUGAUGCUGAGCAGGAUAGACCGGAUGUUACACCCGAACAGAUAUGCGUUGAAAACAAAGCUGGCCCCAAGUGAACAGGAAGUGUCUCACAAUUCCUUCCAAGCGUCGUCAGACACUUGUAAAAGUCUAAAAAAGAACAUCCAGCAGGCCCAUUCUAACGGUGGACAGAAACUUGUUCCUCGGACAAAAGAAGAUCGUCCCAAACUGUUAUCUAACCCCGCCUACGCGCCAAAGACCUCUGGCAAUCCAGUUAAAACGUUUGCGCAGAUGCUGAACGAAUUGGACAGUACACAAAUUAACGUGGACCGGAAGUGUCGUUUAUGGAUCAAUAAAUUGACGUUCGAUUCCUACGAGUGACAAACGGAUGUUUAUAACUUAUGUUACCUGUUGUUGUAGACGCAGUUCCUUAUUUUUGUAAACUAAAAUCUGUCUCAAAAAUACAUGUCUUCUUACAUAUAGUUACUAUGAAAUUGUUUAUGUUAUCAUUUCAACUAAAUUGCUCAUAAGCUAAAAAGUACUUUAUUAAUGAAAACACUUUUGGGGACGACUUCAAAGAGUAAUGCAAAACUAUUUUUAUGUGAUCUGUUGGAAGGAUUUAAGUACCAUUCGUUUUAAAAUCUUAAAUACUUUUGCUCAGUUAUUGACGAAAAGUCUUGAUUUUAGU